CGUUUCCCAUGUGCCAUCUACGCCCGUGUGAAACUUCCUCCGGAAUUUCCGGUCUUCUCCAAUCCCGUUCCCCUCCAAAAUUCCUCCCUCUGGAAAUCCGUCGAUAAUCUAACAGUCAGGCAAAAAUGCCAUCUACAUUCAGCGGAGACGAGACGGCGCCGUUUUUCGGCUUCCUCGGCGCCGCAGCUGCCCUUUUUUUUUCAUGUAUGGGAGCAGCCUAUGGAACGGCAAAGAGCGGAGUGGGCGUGGCUUCAAUGGGAGUGAUGAGGCCAGAGCUGGUAAUGAAAUCGAUAGUGCCCGUGGUUAUGGCUGGAGUUUUAGGUAUUUAUGGUUUAAUUAUCGCUGUUAUUAUCAGCACUGGUAUUAACCCAAAAGCCAAAUCCUAUUACCUCUUUGAUGGCUACGCUCAUUUGUCUUCGGGUCUCGCUUGUGGUCUCGCCGGCCUCUCUGCUGGCAUGGCUAUCGGCAUUGUUGGUGAUGCUGGUGUUAGGGCUAAUGCACAACAACCAAAGCUUUUUGUUGGAAUGAUUCUUAUUCUCAUAUUUGCUGAGGCAUUGGCACUGUAUGGGCUCAUUGUUGGAAUUAUCUUGUCGUCCCGAGCUGGCCAAUCCAGAGCAGAUUAGAUGCCAUAUGAUUGAAUGGGUUGUUGGCAUAACUCAGUCAUUCUUCUAAGGUUGGUGAUGUUAGAACAUCAUGUGCUUGUUUGUUCUAUUAGGAGCAAGUUUUUCGUCAAAAUAAAGCUUCAAAUUCUUGUUGAAACCAUUAUUUAUAAAACCAAUGGUGCAUAUUAUUUGUCA